GUCGAUAGGACGCCAUUGUCUUGCGCAGACUCAGUGCUGCCGUCUCUAGGAGAAAAGUGUCGCGAGCUCGGCCUGAGCGUCCCCUUCUGAUGACGUCUUUAGCCGUCGACAGUAAGCAGUAGUGUCUCGGUUUCCAGACUUUUUGAAUAGGAGCAUUAUGGAUGACCUUACUCAGGCUUUGAGUGCCAGUUUUUCGGUGUCUCAGGACCCCAACAGUACGGCAGCGCCCCACCCGCGACUGGCCCAGUACAAGAGCAAGUACAGCGUGCUGGAGCAGAGCGAGAGACGCCGCAGGUUUCUGGAGCUGCAGAAAACGAAGAGGCUGAAUUACGUGAACCAUGCCCGUCGCCUGGCAGAGGGAGACUGGACAGGAGCGGACAGCGAUGAUGAGCCGGAGGGCGAGAAGCAGGAGGGGGAGACUGAGGUAGAAAGCAUGGAGACAGAGGAGAAGAGGAAGUUGCCCAGGCACUACGCCAAUCAGCUCAUGCUGUCAGAGUGGUUGGUAGACAUCCCUUCAGACUUGGCCACUGAAUGGCUAAUGGUGGUUUGUCCUGUUGGAAAGAGAUCUCUUGUGGUAGCCUCCAAGGGGUCAACUGCAGCUUAUACAAAAAGUGGCUACUGUGUAAAUCGAUUUCCAUCUUUGUUACCAGGAGGCAACAGGCAGUACUCAACUGUAGGAAAAGAUUAUACUAUCCUUGACUGCAUUUUCAGCGAGGUGGACAGGACGUUCUACAUUUUGGAUGUCAUGUGCUGGAGAGGUCAUCCUGUGUAUGACUGUCAGACUGAAUUCCGGUUCUUCUGGCUGCAGUCUAAGGUCCAGGAAACCGAAAACCUGACGGAUAUCACGAAGCGAAAUCCAUUCCGAUUUGUUAGUCUGCAGUGUGUCUCGUGUACAGUGGAGCCAAUCCAGCAAGCCCUGGCCAAGGAAUAUGCUUUCAAAGUGGACGGACUCCUGUUCUACCACAGACAGACUCACUACACGCCGGGCAGUACCCCCCUGGUGGGCUGGCUCAGGCCUUACAUGGUGUCUGAUAUCCUGGGCAUAGAAGUGCCGGAGGGGCCUCUCACCAUCAAGCCUGAGUACGCCGGCCAGCAGAUGCAGGCGAUUCUGGAGCACAAGAGGGGGCCGCGGUCCUCAGAGGUGCGGCCGAUGGCUCAAAACGGGCAAUAUGAGCUGGAACACCUGUCCACCCCAGAGCAGCAGGGUGAAAAGAAGUACAAGCACCUGGAGAAUUCUGGGGCCACAAUGGAAAGCUGAGAGGCACCCUGUUCUUUUCCCUUUCUUACCUUACUGUUGCUUAAAAAAAGUACCCACCACACCCACCACAUUUCGGAGCUCAAGUAUGAGAAGAAAUGACAGUACGUAAUGUGGUUGGCUACAGCCGAGCAAUCACUGAACUGCAGUAACCUUCGGGGGGUAAUUAAUAAAGGGGCAGUUUUUUCAGGAUGGCCUUAAAUAGUCCAUACCUACCUGUCCCCACAAUUACAGUCAACAAAUUCAUCUGCGUGAGACAGUUUCUUAAAUAUUGUUUGAGGACCUUUUUCCCUUUGUUUCUGAGUGAAGUGCUUUUAAUAAUUGCUAUAGUGAGUGGCAUUUUGUCAUCUCAGUUUCACAGCUGUACUGAACACGAUGGAGAAUCUGAAGCGAGUCAUUUUUCUUUGUAAAUUAAAACUAAGGAGCUAAAAUUAUUUAUGGCUUUAAACGUUAAAAUAUUUUUUCCCUUAAAAUCAGAGAGAUUAUGGAUGAUGAUGCAUCUGUAACGGGGAGGAAACAUCUUUGCAAUAAUGGAAUGUUUUUUUUUUCAGAUUUUAUCUUUUGGUUUUGGGGACUUUUUGCAAGUCAGGCAGCUGACUAAAAUUUACAAGAACUAUAGACGUGAAGUGGUAUGGUAGCGUGUUUAUUAGCACUUCAGAGCACUCUACCCUAAAUCAGCUCUGGACAGGGGCCCCUGUCUGGAGUUUGCAUGUUCAAUCACAGUAAUAAAGUUGCAAACCGUUAUCUGAAGAAUUAUUAUAUACUGUAGUUCUGAUGUUUACUGAGAUAGGGAUGAUCGGUAUGCUAUGUGUACACUGCCAACAUUUGUGCUAUUUUCAGUAUAAAUCAGUGUUUGCAAUAAGAUCAUGAGCUGAAGCAUACUGUUUCCACGAUUUACAAAUAUCUAGAAACAAUGGUGUAUUGAGUAGACUCCACAGGGUCCUCAAAUGAUGGCAGCUGAGGUCAUUUCAUGCAGCUGUACUUACGUAAUUAACAGAUAAAAAAGGCAAAGGGUGUAAAAAUCUAAAGCAAACUUGUCUGAUAUGUUUUGUACUUUGUACAGCUUGUGUGUAAAAUUAUUUUUACACUGUAAAAGAACAAUGCUGUCAUAGAGUUGUAGAAGUGUGAUAAACAUUUAUAUUGAAAUAA